UUCUUAUGAAUUUAUUUAUUUUUUGUGUUUUAGUUACAAUUUUUUAAGAUAAAACCAUUUUAAAAGCUGUUUAAAGUUUUCUAAUCAAAACCCCAAAAACAGCUGUUGAGGCCAAUAAAUGUAGAGAUCUGGCAACCCUGGUUGCCCUCGCUUUUUAAUUUCAUUUCGCUCUUUUACGCUCCAUUUUGCCUCCAGCCAUUCGCCUUUAUUUAUCAAAAAAAUAGGCAAACGGCCACUUUAUUGAUUUCGUGUUAAUUGAAAGCGUUAAUCAGUUAAGAAGCGCGCUCUGGCCCAGUCGCCUGUCAGUUCUCCGCCGUUAUCAACAGUUUUCGCGCGUGUUUUCCACAUUUCCACGACCCCUCGCGUGUGUGUGAGUGGCAGAAUCGCCCCAGAUUAGGCAGCGUGCGCCCACCGAAGCGUUGCAGGAGCGACAUGGACAACACCUCCACCUCGGACAUUGUCAUCAUCAAUGGCAACUCCCAUCCGGACCUGGCCAACAUGGUGGCCGAGCGCAUGGGCUUGAAGAACGGCGGGUGCUCCGUUUUCCACAAGUCCAACCGGGAGACCAUUGUUGAAAUCAGCGACUCUGUUAGGGGCAAGGACAUCUACAUCAUCCAGACCGGUACCAAGGAUGCGAACAACAACAUCAUGGAGCUACUCAUCAUGGCCUAUGCCUGCAAGACUUCUUCUGCCCGGUCCAUUGUCGGAGUGAUUCCAUACUUGCCAUACUCGAAGCAGUGCAAGAUGCGCAAGCGCGGCUGCAUUGUCUCCAAGCUGCUGGCCAAAAUGAUGUGCACUUCGGGCCUGACCCACAUCAUCACAAUGGAUCUGCACCAAAAGGAGAUCCAGGGUUUCUUCGACAUACCCGUCGAUAACCUAAGGGCGUCACCCUUUUUACUCCAAUACAUUCAAGAGAGCAUUCCCGACUAUCGCAAUUCGGUGAUUGUGGCCCGCAACCCGGGCGUGGCUAAGAAGGCCAACUCCUACGCGGAGAGACUGCGUCUGGGCUUGGCGGUGAUUCACGGGGAACAGAAGGAGGCUGAAAGCGAUGAGGUAGAUGGUCGCUACUCUCCUCCACCGACCAGUGCGUAUAGCAAUUUAUUAGGAAAUUCAGUUGAAAUGUGCUUACCAGCGACGCCUAGAAACUCUACUCCACAACACGCCCCAUCCAGCAGCAGCCGGACGCGCACCACUUCCGUCUCUGUGGGUGUGCCGGAGCACCCCAUCAAGGUCAAGCCACCGCUGACCAUUGUGGGAGAUGUCAACGGACGUAUUGCCAUCAUGGUGGAUGAUCUUAUUGAUGAUGUCCAGGCGUUUGUGGCUGCCGCCGAAAUGUUGAAGGAUAAUGGAGCCUGCAAGAUCUACGUGCUGGCCACGCAUGGUCUGCUCAGCUCAGAUGCUCCGCGUCUACUGGAUGAGUCGCCCAUCGACGAAAUCGUUGUCACUAAUACCAUUCCACACGAGAUCCAGAAGCUGCAGUGCCACAAAAUCAAGACGAUCGACAUCUCCAUACUGAUUGCGGAGGCUAUUCGGCGCAUUCACAACAAGGAGUCCAUGUCGUAUCUCUUCCGCAAUGUAACGCUGGAGGACUAAGCUGUCCGGUUAUCCACUACUCACAAGCACUCACAGCACCCCCCUCACAGUACCCAGUCCAUAGCUUGAAGUCACAAAUUGAAGGAAAAGGAAUACGGAAUGAAAGAGUCCGGCUUGUUGUGUGUCCGGUUUUUGUUUGUUUUUCGCUUUAGUAAACCAUUGGAAGUGCGCCCAGCGUGCGUUUGCUCAAAUAAACGAAUGAUCCAACAUUGUAGCAUACUUUUAGCCCCCACUUUAGUCCACACUAAGCUACAUGGGUAAAAGUUUUUACUCCAGUCGUUCAUUGAAGGUUAACCACUUUCUUCGUUAGUUCGUAAGUCAAAGAUCGCUAAACUUUGUCAAAAAAAAAGAAACAAAUAAAUAAAUACUGAUUGUACUCUGGUCUGGAAAGUUAA